CCAGCCCGUACGGAGUGGCUUUAGGAAGAAAAGAAUCCAAACCUGCAACUCGGAGAUAACGAGACACACACCAAUAAAGAGAUACACAUUUGGAGAUCCGCGCGCGGCGGUGUCGCGCACGGAUUAUUAUAGGGUAUUUUAUUUUUCUUUCACUGAGGAGAUUCUGGUUUUGAGCGUCUGAUCUUGGGGGGAAGGAAUACAAAUGUACGGAGAAUAAAAGGAGUAUUUCAUUCGUGCUCUCUUCGCUAACAAGUGACUGCCGCUGGAGAAAGUGGAAUAUAGUGUUUUUUUUUCUGCCGCAGGAGAUUCAACGUAACUGUUUUUAUUUGCUCUGAGGGAACUGACCGCUUACCCCAAGCAUACGGAUUUAAAACCUGUCCCCAGGGGUGGGGGUGAUAGUCUCAAAAGUACUUUUCUCACGUCGCUGAAAGCGUCAAGCUGUCCUGCUUGAAGACCCCACACGUCCUCGUGCAGUUGGGGCCUCGGCUCUCCGGCCAGGUCAAAGGUCACUCCGACCCUGCCCUCCCCCUCCCCCUCCCCCUUCCCUACCAGAGCCAAGAUGGCCACCAGUGGUGCCCUGCGCAUCUCCUUGCAAGUCCUGCUGCCUGUGAUCACUCUGCUGCUAUCACUGCUGCUCACCGGCUCCAACGCCACACUACCACGCUUCACAAAAGUUCCCGUUGACCAGAUUGGUGUCUCGGGGGGCGUGGUCUCCUUUGUCUGCCAGGCAACAGGUGACCCCAAGCCAAAGGUUAGUUGGAACAAAAAAGGAAAGAAGGUGAACUCCCAGCGUAUAGAGACCAUAGAGUUUGACGAGGGCGCCGGUGCAGUUCUGAGAAUCCAGCCUCUCCGAGCGCCACGUGACGAGAACGUCUACGAAUGCGUGGCUGAGAACAGCGAAGGCGAGAUUGUCACCAGCGCCAAGCUGUCCAUCAUCCGAGAGGACCUUCUUCCACCAGGCUUCCCUAACAUUGACAUGGGGCCUCAGCUCAAAGUAGUGGAGCGCACUCGAACAGCCACCAUGCUCUGCGCCGCCAGUGGCAACCCUGACCCGGAAAUCACUUGGUACAAAGACUUCCUGCCGAUUGACCCCACUGCAAGUAAUGGGCGAAUCAAACAGUUACGCUCAGGUGCCUUGCAGAUCGAGAACAGCGAGGAGACGGACCAGGGGAAGUACGAGUGUGUGGCGUCUAACGUGGAAGGCGUGCGCUACUCGUCCCCUGCUAACCUUUACGUGCGAGAGCUUCGAGAAGUCCGGCGGGUGCCUCCUCGCUUCUCCAUUCCACCAGCAAGUCAGGAAAUCAUGCCCGGUGGUAGCGUCAACAUAACGUGCGUGGCAGUGGGGUCGCCCAUGCCUUAUGUCAAAUGGAUGCUGAACGCUGAGGAUUUGACGCCAGAGGAUGAGAUGCCAGUGGGUAGAAACGUUCUUGAACUGAGCAACGUUCGUGAGUCAGCCAACUACACCUGUGUCGCCAUGAGCAGCCUUGGGAUUAUUGAAUCUAUGGCACAGAUCACUGUCAAAUCUCUCCCAAAGCCCCCAGGUACCCCCGUAGUUACGGAGACCACUGCCACCAGUGUGACCAUCACCUGGGACUCAGGAAACCCAGAUCCUGUGACAUACUAUAUCAUCCAAUAUAGGGCCAAGUCUCCAGACAGCAAAUAUGAAACUAUGGACGACAUCACCACUACACGUUACAGCAUUGGCGGCCUUUAUCCCAACACAGAGUAUGAAAUCCGUGUCUCAGCUGUCAACACAAUUGGCCAGGGUCCUCCUAGUGAGCCGGUAGAAACUCGGACUGGUGAACAAGCCCCGGCCAGUCCACCAAGAAACAUUAAGGCCCAGAUUCUUCCCCAAAAUACCAUGAUGGUUCAGUGGGAAGAGCCAGAGGAGCCCAACGGGCAGAUUAAGGGCUACCGUGUUUAUUACACCAUGGAUAACUCCCAGCCCAUGAGCCUCUGGCAGAUCCAUAAUGUCCAGGACAGCCUCAUCACCACUAUCCAGAGCCUAGUUCCUCAAGAGACCUACACAAUCAAAGUUUUAGCAUUCACCUCUGUAGGGGAUGGACCUUUUUCAGAACCCAUCCAUGUCAAAGUACUGCAAGGAGUUCCAGGUCAACCAUCUAAAUUCCAGGUUGGUGCUGUGUCCGAUACCAGCAUUCAACUAACCUGGGAACCCGCCUAUGAGAAAGAGGGAAUUAUAAGUUAUGAACUUCGUUAUAUGGAAAGCACUUUUGGAGGCCAGAUGAAGAAAACAUUUGGACCCACAACAUCAUAUGUUGUGGAAGGUCUCCGUCCCAACACAGAGUAUCGCUUCUCCCUGGCAGCCAUCUCUAACAAAGGCAUCGGAGCCUUCACAAAUGACAUUACGCAGAAGACCUUGCAAGCGAAGCCCUCAGCUCCCCCUCAAGAAGUUAAGUGCAGCAGCACCAGCUCUACCACCCUGUUGGUAAGUUGGCGCCCCCCACCUUUGGAGAGUCAGAAUGGUGCCCUGGUGGGGUAUAGGGUGCGCUACCAGGUGGUGGGCCAGUCAGAAGGGGCCGGUGACAACGAGGAACCGCUGGAGGAGCCCAUGGUGCCUGCCACUGAGGAGCAGGUGUUGCUUCAGCGAUUAGAGAAGUGGACCCAGUACCGUGUCACGGUGUCUGCCUCCACUGUGAUUGGGCCUGGCCCCGAGAGUGAGCCCCUCGUCUGUCGGACCGACGAAGAUGUUCCUGGGGCUCCUCCGAGACGGGUGGAGGUGGAGGUUAUCAACUCCACAGCAAUUAAGGUGAUGUGGCGUUCUCUUACGCCAGGCAAGCAGCACGGACAGAUCCGUGGCUACCAGGUUCAUUACGUGCGUGUGGAAAACGGCGAGUCUCGAGGCCUGCCUCUCAUCAAGGAUGUGAUGCUGGCUGAUGCCCAGUGGGAAACAGACGAUACAGCUGAAUAUGAAAUGGUCAUUGGAGGACUCAAGCCAGAAACCACUUACUCCAUCACAGUGGCAGCAUACACCACCAAGGGGGAUGGUGCUCGGAGCAAACCCAAACUGGUGGUGACCAAAGGCGCAGUACCUGGUCCGCCCUAUCUGUCAGUGGCUCAGGACUCAGAGACAUCAGCCGUGGCUCGCUGGGAUCCUCCAGAUCUAACCAAUGGCAUGGACCUGCAGGGUUACCGGCUCCAGUUUGGCAGAAAAGAUGUCUCUCCUUUGGCCACACUGGAAUUUGCUCCCCAAGAGCGGCAGUACUCUGUGGGCAACAUUCACCGGGGGGCAAUUUAUCUCUUUAAGAUCUCUGCCAAGAGCAGGGGUGGCUUUGGGGAAGAGGCUGUGGUAGAAGUAAAUGUGCCUGAGAAUACGCCAGGGGGAUACCCACAAAUUAACGAGGGCUCCAAUGUGACUUGCUGCUCAGUGCAGCUGUCCUGGUCUCCGCCAGUCCUGGCAGAGAGGAAUGGGGUAAUCACAGAGUACACUUUGGCCUAUAAAGAAGCUGGCACCAGAGAAGCUCCACGGGAACUCCACUUACCCCCCAGCCUCUCCAGCUAUGUGCUCAACAGCCUCAAACCGAACUCAGCAUAUGAUGUGAAAAUACGUGCACACACCAGUGUAGGUCCAGGGCCCUACAGCCCGCCUAUCCAGUAUCGGACCGUGGCCUUUGAUCCAGCAGAUGUUCCAAAGAACUUCACUGUAAAGUGGGCCACCAAGUCCACAGUGGUCAUUGCUUGGAAGUUUUCUGAAAGCAGGUCCCCGUAUAAAUGCACUAUUGAGUAUAACCGCCAGAAGAUGGAUGUGGAUGCUAGGCAGCUGAAGGUGUUCGUCACUGGACUAAGACCUAACACCACCUAUGAGUUUACAGUGAUCUGUCAAGAAAGCAUAAAUGGUGGGCAAAGACAUCGGGUAAUAGCCAGGACAGCGCCGCUCAUGCUGACCAGGAAACCCAAGUUGGACAUCUACAGUAACUCGGAUACCGCGCUCACCAUGUCCUUUCCAUCAUUUGACAGCAAGGAUGUCAAGAACUUCUAUGUAGUAGUGGUGCCGCUUAAGAAGACCCCAGGAACUGUUAAAGACUUGAAAAACCCUGAUGAGAUAGACAUAGAAGAGCUGUUGAGGGAGGUGAAUCCAAAGCGCCGUUCACGCCGUCAGCUGGACCAGAAGAAGCCCUACAUCAUAGCCUGCUUCAGGCAACUGCCCGCUAGCUUCACAGUAGGAUCUGAAAACCGCCACAGUAACUGUGAGAACAAGCCUCUCGAACCUGGCCAGGAGUAUGUCUUCUUCCUGCUGGUUGAACUCAAUGCCACUAGCGGGAAAAUGUUUGCAGCAAGCCCAUAUACCGACACGGUGGUGACUCCUGAGCUGGUCGUGGACCCUUUGCCAGUAGACGCUGGAGAUGGUCUCAUAUGGGUGUUGGGCCCCGUCCUGGCUGUUGUCUUCAUUAUCUGCAUCGUCAUCGCCAUUCUUCUGUAUAAAAACAAACCCGACAGCCACAAAAGAAAAGAGUCGGAGCCACGCACGAAAUGUCUGCUGAACAACGCAGACAUUACACCCCAUCACCCCACAGACCCCGUGGAGGUGAGACGCAUCAACUUCCAAACUCCAGAUUCUGGUCUAAGCAGUCCUCAGAGUGAAGCAGAUUUUGACUAUGAAAGUAUGAUGAAUCAUCCUCCUAUCCCUAUCUCAGAGCUGGCUGAACACACGGAACUUCUCAAGGCCAACGACAACCUCAAACUCUCCCAGGAAUAUGAGUCUAUUGAUCCAGGCCAGCAGUUCACCUGGGAGCACUCCAACCUGGAGGUGAACAAGCCCAAGAAUCGUUACGCCAACGUCAUCGCCUACGACCACUCACGUGUCAUCCUGGCUCCCAUAGAGGGUAUAACAGGCAGCGAUUACAUCAACGCUAACUACAUUGAUGGCUACAGGAAGCAGAAUGCUUACAUUGCCACCCAAGGACCUUUACCAGAGACAUUUGGAGACUUCUGGAGGAUGGUGUGGGAACAGAGAGCAGCCACUAUUGUCAUGAUGACCAGGCUGGAAGAGAAGUCGCGGAUUAAGUGUGAUCAAUACUGGCCAAGUCGAGGUACAGAGACCUACGGUAUGACCCAAGUGACCCUUUUGGACACGAUAGAAUUGGCCACUUUCUGCGUGCGCACUUUCUCUUUGCACAAGAAUGGUUCGAGUGAGAAGCGGGAGGUUCGUCAGUUCCAGUUCACCGCCUGGCCUGACCACGGCGUACCAGAGUACCCAACCCCGUUCCUGGCCUUCCUCCGUAGGGUGAAGACUUGCAAUCCUCCUGACGCUGGACCAAUCAUUGCUCACUGCAGUGCGGGCGUAGGCCGGACGGGCUGCUUCAUCGUCAUCGACGCCAUGCUGGAGCGCAUCAAGCACGAGAAGACGGUCGACAUUUACGGCCAUGUGACACUUAUGCGAUCGCAGCGGAACUACAUGGUGCAGACCGAAGACCAGUACAGCUUCAUUCACGACGCUCUGCUGGAGGCGGUGGCCUGCGGAAACACUGAGGUGGCUGCCCGGAGCCUGUAUUCUUACAUCCAGAAGCUUGCCCAGGUGGAGAGCGGUGAGCACGUCACUGGCAUGGAGCUGGAGUUCAAGCGUUUGGCCAACUCCAAAGCCCACACGUCGCGCUUCAUCAGUGCCAACCUUCCCUGCAACAAGUUCAAAAAUCGGCUGGUUAACAUCAUGCCCUACGAGACCACUCGUGUUUGCCUGCAGCCAAUCAGAGGCCUGGAAGGAUCUGACUACAUCAAUGCCAGCUUUAUUGAUGGAUACAGGCAACAGAAAGCCUACAUUGCCACGCAGGGCCCUCUGGCGGAGACUACAGAAGACUUCUGGAGAAUGCUCUGGGAGAACAACUCCACUAUUGUAGUCAUGUUGACCAAACUUAGAGAGAUGGGACGGGAAAAAUGUCACCAGUACUGGCCUGCUGAGCGCUCUGCCAGGUAUCAGUACUUUGUGGUAGAUCCCAUGGCAGAGUAUAACAUGCCUCAGUACAUCCUCCGAGAGUUCAAGGUCACAGACGCCAGGGAUGGCCAGUCCAGAACAGUAAGGCAGUUCCAGUUUACUGAUUGGCCAGAGCAAGGCGUGCCCAAAUCGGGGGAAGGAUUCAUUGAUUUUAUUGGCCAGGUGCAUAAAACCAAGGAGCAGUUUGGGCAGGAUGGCCCAAUCUCUGUCCACUGCAGUCUGCAGUGGCUCGGCGAGCCUUCAGAUUUGGAGAGUCGAUCUUCCUGGGGAGUGGGAGAGGUUGAGAGAGAUGAGUAUCAAUUCUGCUAUCACGCAGCUCUGGAGUACUUAGGAAGCUUUGAUCACUAUGCAACGUAAAAAGCCAUCUCCCCCCCCCUCCCCCUCCUCUGAAUCCUGUUGCCCCCCCACCCCCACCUCAACAGCCUCUUGAGCCAUAGGAACUAAAAUUUAAAACGACAGCAAACAACCACAUCGCCACCGCCAAUUCAGCCGCAUCAACCAGGAUCUCCUAGAUUUUUUUUUUUUUUAAGACAACACCCGGUCCAACCAGUUCAGAGUCCAAUUUGACUUUUCACAUAUGCCACAAGGAAACUCAAGAAAAUUGUCCAUCAUCUCAAGAAAAGAAGAUCCUCGGCAGGGGAGGAACCAGAUGCUGUGGCUCAAGAUGUGGGGCGGGUUUUGAUCAAAGUGUCAGACUGCUUACCUUACCUCAAGUGUUUCAAUGUGGAGGACAUUGUUAACAUUCGUGGACGUUUCUCUUCUCAAAAAAUAUCUUCGUGACGCAACAGUAACAAGCGACAGAUGACGAAGGAAAAGGAAGGCAAAAAAAAAAAUACAAAUAAAAAUGUAAAAAACACUGAGAAGCAGAUGGAUGUAGCCAAGACUUGGUGACUAUCUUGUUUUUUGAUAUGCUCGGGUGUAAAAGGGGUUCAAGUAUUUCCAUCAACACAGUGUGUGAGUAAUAUUGUGCGAAAUGAAGAAACUGGUUGCCUGCAUAAAAGAUUUAUCAAGCUGUACAAAAAAAAUGAAACAAAAGAAACAGAAAAGGACAAGUUCACUCACAUUUGGCACCAAAUCCUUCAAGAAAACCUAAAGUUUUUACAGUAUUUUGUGUGGGAUAACACUCGACUAUUAAAGCGACUUCUUCUCGAGCACUAAGAGCUAAAAGAAGACACUUUUUGGUUUUCUUGCAGUUGUGAGGAUGAAAACAGCGACACGUUUCUUAAAACGUGCUAAUUGCAUCAGUUGUGAAUUCGUGUGAAAUCAGUAUCCUCAGCCAAGUAAUCGCAGGAAUGUUGCAACGCGCCAGUAUAUUAACAGUGCAAAGAUCAGUCACCGGAUAAAAGUCUCGCCUGCUGCACGAAGCUUCCGCCGCGUCGUCUUGCGUGCAGCCAAGGUGAGACAAGCGGCAGCCGUGUCCCGUGAUUUUUCUUUCUUUCUUCUGUUUUUUAAACAGUCGCUCCUGUCUUUGGAACCACUACAUUGUGGGGCUGCGGUUUCAACAUCCACGGUUUUGAACAAGAGAUAAACCUGGUGGGGGGGGGGAAGGCUUUGGAACAAAAAUGGAACAACCAAACAAGGAUUGCCGCAAAAGUGAGGGCUCUCUUUGUGUACAGUGACCAACGCUCAUCGUCAUCCUCCAGAACUUUGUCUAAUGAGGAAUUAUCUCGUUUUUCAGUUUUUUUUUUUAUUAUUAUGAUUUUCUGUCAAAACCAAACAUGCUGCUUAUCUCGUGUACGCUGUACGUGUGACUUUGGAAGGAGAGGAAACUGAUGAAUCAAAGAUGCCAUCUCUGAUAACUGGCAUGACUGAAAGCGCAUCCACUUGACGUCAUCGUCCACGCCUCCUUUUCCCCUCCCUCUUGCCCAGCCUCCUCUAUAAUCAUCUAUAUCAUUGUAUAAGACGCUCAAGUGGCAAAGGCCUGCUGCAGUUACCAAGCUGCACAUUAAUGUGGUUGAAAAAUUGGCCUUUAGUUCCACUGUUUGUGUGUUUUGGUGACAGGUGGAUACAUUUAAACAAAAAAAAAACAACAAAAAAAAAAACAGAUGCUUUGGUAUUUGCCCUCCGUUUUCAAGGUGACGUCUCUGUGGGUGACACAGCCAGACCAAGGAGCCAUGAUGGAUCUCGACGCUGCGACGCGUUCCUGAAACAGUACAAGUUACUUGCACAUCCCCAAACGAAAAAAAGAUUAACUUUAAACGUAUUACCCCCCUGCCAACCCCUCCCUACUCUCCCCGAACAACUGCAGGUCGACACACUAGUGUAUGUUGUGAUUUAAAAAGAAAAAUCAAGCUUUUGAGAUCACCGGGUUUUCAUUUCGAGAACAGCGCUUUGGUAUACGCGAGCGUUACGGAUCCCGCGCAGGUUUCCGGUGGGUGUGCACAAAAGCCGGAGCGAUGGACAGAACUGUGUGUAAUCUUUUCUUAUUUCCAAAAAAGCCUUAUUGUUAUUGUAACAUUACGAAAACAUUAAUGUUGUAUUAUGACGACUUAUUUUACACUACAUAGUUGACUUUUUAUUAUGUUUUUGGUUGGGUUUUUUUUUUCUUUUCAGUUUAGUUUUCUAACAGAUGUUGUAUCAUUUUUUAAAAUUAGCAGGAAAAGAGAAAAGCUUAUCUGUUCAUAUUAUGUUUAAAGACAUUCUAUUUUUUCACUGUAGAAAUGUUAAGUAUAACAUGGCUGUGUGCUUGUGCGCAUAUAUGUAUGCAUUCAUGUGUACUGCGCACUCACACAUUCAUAUAUAUUUAAAUGCAGAAUAUGAAGAUAUAUCCAAACCUUAGUAUGAAUUAUAUGUUUCUCCUCAUCAUCUUUUUUUGUUUUUUAAACAUGUCAGUUCUCAUGCUUGAAAAUAUGAUUUUAUUUCAUUUUGUUUUUCUUUGUGUGUGUGUGUUUUUUUUAAUAUAUACAUACAUAUAUAUAUAUAUAAAUAUAUAAUCUUAGAGACCUUGUGUGUUUCUUAAUGGAAGCUGAGGGAAGCACUACGCCUGAAUCCUCUGCCUCCACUCACCAUUGCUCUUCUACCUGAGGGUAGAACCUGUGCCGAUGAGGAGAUGCCAUUUUUUAUUUCAAUUUUUUAUUUUUUUGUUGUUUUUUCUUUUUCUUUUGAGCAACUGUUGAUGAAGUGAUCUACAAAAUAUCAAUCAAAUAUUUCAAAACUGACGAUUUUUUCUUACCUAUAUAGGACCAACUUGACGAACUGUAUCUUGUAUGAUCAUGGUCAGGCUAUGACCCUCGCAGUUUAAGAAAAUCCUCUUCAAGUUCUCUUUUCUUUUUUUAAUUUUUCAGACAUAAUGUGGCCAUUCAUUUUGUUAGAUAUCCACUAUGAUCUAGAGUAUACCUGUAAAUAAACAAAUAUAUAGAUUAUAUGUAUUUGUAUCAUUUGACCUUCAAGAUCUCAUACUUUAGGUGGAGACAGAAAUACAAAAAUCAAAGUCCUUCUCCCAUCCUGGUGGUUGUAGAGCCUGCUUUCUGAAACCUCUCUUCUCCAGUCCUUCCUCCCUGGUCUUUAAUUACCACUCACUUUUCUUCUGACUUUAAUUUCCCCUGCUAGCAGUUGAAAUGGGAAACAUGCCAGCCUCUGUUCUCACACCUAUAGCCUCAAAGAGAGCACGAAAUCAGCACCAGUGAUCUGCUGGUAUAAUUUAACCAAGCCUGGGAGGUUAGUCCUUUCUGUCAACUAUUUGAAUUGUUAAUCAAUCAUUAUUUCAAGGACCCGUUACAUUCUUAUUCUAGGUGUAAGGCAGAGUGGAGCAACUAAAGGGUGUUUUUGAAAAAGAAAUAUUCUCUUAAAAUAAUUAUCAAACAAAAGAUUAAUCACAAAGGUGUAAAUUCUUAAAGCCGCAGCUACGGUAAAAACGCUGGAGGCAUCCUUCAUUCCUUAACACUUUCCACAAAACCCCCAGAAGAUGUGCAACUGUUCAACUACCUAAAAUGCCAAGGUGUUAAUCCAUAAAUAUAUCAUUAGCUGAGGAGCAAAUACAGCUAUGCUAAAGGCCAGACAUGGUUUAGUUCCAACAUGACACGUUGAUUUAUUGUCUCCCCGGUGCAUUUUUUUAAGCCUUGAACAGAACCAUACUGUUUUUUUUUCUUUGGUUUUUGUGUUUUUUUAUUUGACCAUGCUUCAUUUUGGGAUGCAGAAAGAAAUCAGGACUCAGUGAAAGAUAGCAGAGUGAUGCAACCAAGGAAAGACCGAGACAACCAAAAACGUGCUGCAAAUUCACAUUUCCAGCAUGUCAUUUCUGAACAGUGGGAACCUUGAGAUGUUUCAUAAUGAACUCAAAGCCUAAGAUGAAAGACUCUGGAAUUCAGUGAGGCUGACGAGAAAGGGCCCAGGCCAAACCUGAAACCAUGGAAGUCUUUCAAAGCUUGUGCAAUGUGUUACGUUUUUUUUGACUUAAUGUGAAGAUGUUAGCCUUUUGAAAACAAACCGCCAAAUUUGCAGGAGUAUGUUGAAUAUUUCAGGGGAAGAGGGGAAAUAACAAAAAGAUGAACCCUAACUUAAUAAAUAAAAUCAAAAUAACAGAAUGUAUACAGUACGACAAAUUGGAAAAAAUAAAAAAAACAACCCAAAUUCAGAAAAAUACUUUUUUUGUAUGAGGGCCAAGUGCUAUCACUUUCAAACUGUUACUUCUAACUGAAACAAUAAUUGGUUUAAAGCCACUGUGUAUGUAGAUAUGUUGACUUUGUAUUAAAGAAAUGUUGUCUGAAAA